AUGGUUGCUAAUGGCAACGCUUACAUCAACAUUGUCAAGGACAUCUGCUCUGGUAAGAUGCUUCAGAGCUGGCUUAGAGCCUUUGAUGGUAAUGCCAUUGAUCUUCUCAAGCGCUUGGAUGUUGAGAACUCCUGCGCUACCGCAGAGCUCGCCCUGAAGACCAUUUUCGAGAAGGUUCCCGUCUCGGGAUUGGUGGAGGACUUUGAUCUACUGAAUGAAGAUCUUAUAAUACCAAUUGAUGAGCUGUCUUGUGAGAGUGUAUUAUACUGGCGCUGUCUUGUUGAACAUGUUCGAUCCAAGGGAGACGAUAUUCUGAUGGACAAGCUCCUCCCUACCGCCUCUGCUUUCUGCGACUAUGUCCUCAAAAACUGCAAUGAGAUACAGACCAACGUCCAUAACAUGACGGCCGUGGAGAAUUCCUUGAGCAAGGAGUUUGUAGCCGAGCAUCUCCUCAAGAUGACCGCCAGCCUGGACCAAACAGAUGAAGUUGGACGGAAGAAGCUUGACAGCCUUGUCCAAGACCUCCUGAUCGCCCCACACGUGCCCCCGUCCCUCGUAGCUAUCCUCGUAACCCGUCUUAAAGAUUUCCAUAGCGAAGAUGAGGAACGGAUUGAGCUGAUGGCUCAGAUUAUAUCUGACAUCAGGGUACCGAUUACUACCGUGGAGAAGCCUGUAGCACCUGAGUUGAUUCGUCAGAGGGAACUCAAGCUUGCUAGCGUUCGGCUGGACCUUACCCAGGCCAGGGAUGCUCUUGAAGAUUCCGUAGCCAACCAGGACUUUGGCCAGGCUGCUGAGAUGAAGAAGAGGGUCGAAGAACUGGAAUGCACCAAGAACUCCCUUCUUGAGGAAUCCCUGGUUAUGAACACCACACGAGAGAUUCGCACGGAGAAGAGUGAUCCAGAAACAUUGUUGAAGUGCCUGACGAUUGCAGCAGAGCUUAUGCAGCAUGUAUCGAUGAAGGAGCUUAACCCGACACUGCAGACUCUCUUCACUGUUCUGGUUCUCCCCGGUAUAACCAGCGAGGAUGCAUCUGUCCGUAACAUGGCUGUGAAGUGCCUUGGUCUAGGUGCCCAGAUCAGCAGGGUUUUCGCUAUGCAGCAACUCCUCCUCCUCAUGCAGAUAUCCCAGGUAGAUCAAGAAACAGUCCAGGUAACAGCUCUCCAAGCGAUCUUUGACAUCGCCCAGACCUACGGCCUUGACAUCUUCACAUUGCCAGAGACAAGCUCCGAGAAACAUGAGGAAGGGAAGGACAAUGAAGAGGAAGAGGAGGAGGAAGAAGAAGGGGAAGGUAAAACUAAAGACAAGGAGCAGUCUGCCCAGAGUGCAGCCAACAGCGCCCUCUCCAUUCUUACCAAGUUAUUGGAUUCGGAGAGCAAUGAGCUGCGCACCGUGUCUGCCGAAGGCCUGGCCAAGCUGCUUCUCUCUGGACGCAUCACCAGCCCCAAGCUGCUCUCCCGUCUCCUGCUACUCUGGUACAACCCGACCACCGAGGAAGAUCAGCAUCUCAGGUCCUGCCUGGGUGCUUUCUUCCCGAUAUACUCGUUUGCAGGAAGGGUCCACCAGGAGUGUUGGGAGGAGGCUUUCCUGCUGACCCUGAAGACACUCUUCAAUGCUCCAAUCACCUCACCCCUGGCAGAGAUCAACCCCAGCAAUGUAGCGGAGUUCAUGGUUCACCUCACGGAUCACACUAUGCUCAACGAUAAACAGGCCUCAGAUAUACAGGAGACAACUGUCCAUGACAAUCUAGCCUUGAAGCUCUGUAAUGCCAUCCUGAAGGACCCUGCUGCCCCAGGAACCAGGGUCUUGUCUAAGACACUGACCAUGCUGACUAUCAACAUACACAACAAGGUUCACCUAGCGGACAUCAAGGUCCUAGCUGAUAUGCUUCUUGACCAUGUUGAUGAGAAAGUUGCCCUGCGCCAAGUGGAGAAGUUCUCCGACAACAUCGACAGCUUGUUGGGUGUGGAGAAUGAGGAUGGGGGAGAAAAGACAGAGGAUAGAACAGCUGCUGAAGGGGCAGACAAGUUGGAAAAGGAACAUGAGGCUGGAGAGAAGAAUGAUGGAAUGAUGAACGAGACGGCUCGUAGUGUUGCCGCAGCUCAAGAGCUUUCUGAGGAUUGCAAGAAGGAGCUCGCUGCACAAGAACUGACGGGCAAGAAGAAGACCAGGGCCAGAGGCAAAUCAACCAAGACCCCUGCUGCUAAGAAGCCACUCAAGACUCCCAGUACUAGAGGCAGGAAGAAGGUAGUCAAAGAAGAAAUUACGAGUGACCAUGAGAAUGAGAGUGACCUGACAAGGUCAAAGGCGAAUGGUCGGGUCAGGAAUAUGUCUAAGCUUGCUGAGUUAGUGAUGUCUAGUGAUGACAGCGAUGCUGAGUUCCAAGGAAGAACAAGACAUUCCAAGAGAGACCAAGUUCUAAAGGUCCUCAACUUUGCUGAUGAUGACAGCUGUUAAACCACCAUCGCUAUCAACAUUCAUCAUAUGAGGGCAAUGUGAUAUUUGUAAUUGUUCCAUUUGUAAUCUCAAAAGAAUCCUUGAGAGACAUUUGUAUUAGUCCGACCCAUUUUUUUAUAUCACUUCAUGAACUGUUCAAGCUGUAAUAAUUAAAGACCAUUACAACCUUUCAUAUGAAUUAGAUGGGAGGCGCGAUGGCUCAGUCGGAUUCUGGUGACCUGGGCUCGAUUCCCACCUGGUGCAAUUGUGCCCUGUAGUAAGGCAUUCAUCCUCAUUUCCAGGUCCCUCGGAGAGGACCUUAAGCCAUCGGUCUUCUGGUUGCUUGCUUACAGGCAUUCAUGCUUUCCUAGCAAUCCGGUAAAAAGUCACUACCAUUUACCAUAAUAGACAAAUUAUUUCAGAAAAAAAAUGCUUUAUCAUAUGCAGGGUCACGUGUAUAUGAUUUAUGAAGUUUAUCCAGGGGAGUUUCCACAAAGAGGUAAGAGUGACGUAAAUUACUCUCGAAUGUUAAGUUUCAUGCAGAAUAGAACACCUCUUUACUUUAGUGAGAUCAUGCCCUAGUGAACACUUGAUACAGUUCAGUCAUCACAGGUUAUGUGUUGAAUACCAUUUGAUCAUUGGCACUUGCGCGCGAUAUGAAGUCACUCUUAAAUCUUUGUGAAAUACCCCCUGAAAUUGAAUCUUGAUUGGUUAAGAUAGUGUUUUUCCAUGCACAGUUAGUUUUACAUUCAUAAGUCAAUCUCUUGGGUUAAUUGAUAUUGAAAAAGCUCUGAUAUUACCCCUUUCAUAUUGAGUAAAGUCAUUCGCAUGACUCUAGGAUAAUCUUUAGUGUGAAAGGACUUCUAUGGCUAUUAUAUGCUGCUUCUAAGAUAAAAGCCUUUAUAUUCCAUUGACUUUGUACAGAAAAUGUUGCCAUCCUAUGAUGCUUGAUAUCUGAACAAGGCAUAACAGACUAAAUGCCUGCAUUGUCAGUAGAAAUUGAAGAUAGGAAUUGUAAAAAGUGAUCAUGAUCCUCAGAUAUAUUUGGAUUGAAGUGAGUGUACAGGUGUGGGCAUUGUGACAUACAUGUUAGCUUCUUAUGUAAUCAUUGUAUUGGUAAGUGGUGUAUUUAUGCAAUGUAACAGAAAUGUACUGCAAGAAUGUUCCUCAUGAAUAUGUCAAAUGAAUUUCAACCAUCUAUUAUGAUGCAAAUUAUUGAUCUUACUUUGGUAUUUGAUACAGAUAAUUGGUCUUAUAGUUGAUGCUAAUGGUUUUCUAUACAGUCCUGUCUGUAAUCUAUAUUGACUAUUCAUUUCUAUUGCUUUCCAUCUGUUGUACGUAUAGGGCCCUCAGCUAUUUUGGGGGCAUCCUUCAUUUUAGCUAAUUUAGCUGAAGUUGUUUUUUAUUUCUAUUUUUUUAUAUAGUUUUAUUUCCUAAUAUAAUAUUCACUUCUUCAUAUCUUUUAACUUUUAUUAGAUUUAUUCAUCCAUCCAUCUAUCAAUUCAUUUAUCCAUCCUUGCAUUCAUUCAACCAUCCACUAACUAACUGAUUCAUCCAUUCAUUCCAUCAUCCAUCCAUUCCUUCAUUCAUCCAUUCUUUCUUCCAUUCUUCAUUCAUUCUUUGUUUCUUCAUUCAUUUAUUCCAAUCUUCAUUCAUUUUCAUCAUUCAUCAAUUUUUCAUUCAUUCUUUCUUCUUUUCAUUCAUCAUUUCAUACAUUCCAUCAAUCAUUAAUAUCAUCAAUAUUUCCAUUCAUCCAUCUAUCCAUUCCUUUAUUCUUAUAUCCAUUUAUUCUUGCAUUUCAUUUAAUAAAGGGGGGGGGUACCAAUGAAUUGUCUGUUGAUAGUGCUUAUGAAGCAUAGAAUGUGAUAGAAUAUGUUGCUGGGAUGACAAACGACAUCGCAUCUCAAAGUUAGAAAAAGUCACUUAAUUUUAUGACAACAUUACUACAGUAGUCUCUGCAUAAGUCGACCAUCCAUAGGCAAGGCAAGGCUCCACACUAACUUCUUUUCUUUGUGGCCCGAUCGGUCCACCAAAAUCAUCAUUAUCAUAUUCUUGUUGGCCCGUAAAGCAAAGUUGGUGGCCCUUAAACAAUAGAAAACAUUGCAAUUUAUCAAAACUUUGGUAGCCUGACUGGGCCACCAAUUGCAGGUUUUUUCCAGAAUUUUGGUGGCCCCAUGCACUCUCAUUUUUGGUUGCCCCGGGCCACUGCUAAUGUCGAGCCCUGCCAUAAGUCGAAAAAUGCUGCCAGUCUCCGGCUUUUAUCUGAUAUUGGGUCCAUAUCUUGCUUUUAGGGCUUUAUAUUGUACGGCAUGGCAUAUAUGGGGCUUAAACUUUCUGGCUGCUUAUCAGGCCAAGUGAGUAGAUCUGCUUGGUAUCCUUAUUAUCAUGGUAAUGUCUAUUUAUUUGUGACCAGCCAACCCAAAAUAAGUCCUUUUGUAAGUUAUUGUUGAUCAAUUUUGACAAGUUAUAAAUCAUAAAGCUAAGGAUGUGCCUUUUCAAACUCAAUGCAAAUCUAAAAAAUCAUUUUGGGCGACUUAUUGUUGGUUUGGGGGUGGCUGGUCCCAUAUGACCCUUUUUCCCUUGUCGCAAGACGGGAACAAGAUGUAAAGAGCGCCAUUGGUGUGAAAAUCUGAAGUGGAUAAAAUACCAGUGACUGUAAGUGAGUUGUAAUGGAAAUAAUAUAGCAGUAAAACUA